AUGCGUCUUGCUUUUCUGGUAGCCGCCUUGCCGCUCACUGGCGCAGUUCCUCGAGAUCUGCCUGUCAAGCGUGCUGAGACUCCUGAUCCUGGAUGGGACGGACCACCUUAUAACCCAACAGAUGAUGGGCCACCUUACAAUCCAAAAGAUGAUGGGCCACCUUACAAUCCAAAAGAUGAUGGGCCACCUUACAAUCCAAAAGAUGAUGGGCCACCUUACAACCCAAAAGAUGAUGGCCCAUGGCCAAUAUCCAGUGGUACUGAGGCUGAGGCUACACACGCCGAGUCCCUGGCUGCUCCAAAUCAGACGGCCGCCUCUACUCCCCCAGCCACCAACAGCUUGAAAAUAACCAUCCUGGCGGACUCCAAUCGCGACGGCAAGGUAGACAUAGCGGGCGCCACCGACCUUGUGGGCAAAGAGACAUGGACAGAAGAGUCCGGCGCGCUCUUUUUGGCCAAUAUUGUCGACACGGACCGUCGAUGCUCAUCCCAGAUUACUGGGUCAUGUGCAGACAGGCUUGGCGAUAUUUUCUUCCUUGGAUUUCCGUUACCUGAAAGGCCAGUAUUGGACCCGAAAAUCACAGAGAAUGAGCCAAUCGACCAGUUUGACUGGAAGGAUUGGUUCCAUGGUCUAAGUGAAAGUGACAAGGCUGCGUAUAAUGAGUGGAAGAAGAAGAUUAAGGAGUACGACGAGGCUUAUCAGAAGGCGCGGGCUGGCAGUGUAGAUGAGCGAAUAUCUACAUGCCAUGAUUCUUCUGACGAUAAUCUACGCAACUCCACCUAUCUUGCUCCUCUUCGAACCACGCCGAAUCCUGGGCUAAGCGACUCAGCGACAGGUUCCAUUUCCGUGGCCGACAAGACCGCCGCCUCCAACGUUCGUCUCUUCCAUAAGACGGGUGGGCAAUGGGUUUUUAUCUCGUCAAACUAUACCUUCAAGGCCGAGGAUCUCAGGGCUGGUCUAGAACUUGGUAUUGACGGUCGUGACGUCCGCCGUCCGGGAGGGUGGGAUGGUAGAGCGACGAUAGAGUUCAAGGUACAGGAUGGGCACAAGGCGGCCAGGGAUUCUGUAGUGCUUCGCGUCGCGCCUGUCUUGACGCAGCAUCACGGCCAACGUCUCAAGCAACUGCUAACAGCAACUGGUGCGAGAAGAGACAACCAGCAGCGCUUCAUCCAAGAGCUCGGACAAAUUUCUAGCAAGGCGGGAUUGAAAGCUCCUCUCCAUGUGAUCAAUACCUCUCGAUGCGAGGCAAAUGAGAUUUGGGCUCAAGACUUUUUUGAGCCCGGCUACAUGAGCAUACCUGGACCAAACGGCCCCGUCAGCAUACAUAUCAUGAUACGAGCUGCUCAAGACUACCGCCGCGCCGGACGCAAGAUCUUCCAAGACCUGAGGUCCAAUACAGUAGGGGCUGUCCAGCACCUGGCGAAAGGUGGUACCACUGACUCGACAGGCAAUCUGGAGACUGUACCUCCUUACAAACACAAUAACAAGUCGUACCCUGCCGGACGGGCUGUGUUGGGCUGGGGGGACCUGAGGCCGUUCAUGAUGGACUUUUUGGACGCUCAGGAGACGCAAGCACCCAUCACGCUCAACACCUCGUGGCUUGCCGUCCAGCAUACGGACGAAUUCAUGCAGUUUCUUCCCGUUGAAAGUGAGCGCGGCUGGGUCAUGAUGGUGGACGAUCCCCGUGCGGGCCUCGACCUACUCCAGAAGGCUCAGCAGGACGGCCAUGGCAAUGAAUUGGCCAUUUCCCGUCCCAAGUCGCCGACUGACCCCGACGAAUGGCGCGUUGCCAAUACCAUAGACGAACUGCUAAAUAUCACCAAUUUUGCCGGUUUCCAGGAGUCCUGCGCGGGCUAUAUUGAGGAAAAUAUCAAUGUAAUCAAGCGGGAAACAGGCAUCUCCGAUGCGGAAAUCAUUCGCAUUCCUUCGCUCUAUCAAGUUUACUACAGGAAUAAGAGAGUUUGGCGGUAUGCGAAGGAUGACGGCAAACAACGCCGCCAGACCCACGAUCUUGUCCACGCCCAGAAAAGCAGGGGGCUCGGGGAGCAACAGGGCCAACAGCCAGCGGAGGAUUCCGAGGAGGAUGAUCUCAUCGGAGGGUAUGAUGCUCUUGAAGCCGGCACACCGCCCCAAGAGUUGAAUGACCAGCCAGCAAAAGCGACAGCGAAGAGCUUAAAGGGCCGUCAAGAACAGCGUCAUGACCAGGCUGUAGCCCUCUACCCUGGCACUAUUAAUAGCGUUGUUCUGAACGAGAAGCAGAUUCUCGCCCCAAACCCAUGGGGACCGAUGAUUGAGGGCCAGGACGUGUUUGCCGCCGCAGUGAGAGCGGCCUACCAGAAGGCCAACUAUACGGUUAUCUAUAUGGAUGACUGGUUCACGCAUCACGAAAAGGUUGGCGAAGUUCACUGCGGCUCGAAUGCCAUUCGUGAACUUUCAGCUGUCAAGUGGUGGUAG